AAUGAGCCACUUUUAUUUUGGGCUUUCAACAAAGCCCAUAUAAAUGAAAGCCCAUAUAAAUGAAAGCCCAAUAUAAAACAUCUAUCGUUAUUAACAUUACCCCUUCUCAUUUCACUGUGAAAAAAACCCUAAGCUUCUCAUAGAGCCGCACAGUUUGUUCAACAAGCUCAUCCAGAACGAAAAAUGACUUUCAAGCGAAGGAAUGGAGGUCGUAACAAGCAUGGACGUGGACAUACCAAGUUCAUUCGUUGCUCUAAUUGCGGAAAAUGCUGCCCUAAGGAUAAAGCCAUCAAGAGGUUCCUUGUGAGGAACAUUGUUGAGCAAGCUGCUGUGCGUGAUGUUCAGGAAGCUUGUGCUUUUGAAUUGUACACUCUUCCUAAGCUCUACUUGAAGAUGCAGUACUGUGUUUCGUGUGCAAUUCACUCCAAGGUGGUUAGAGUCCGUUCCCGUACUGAUAGGAGAGUUCGUGAGCCUCCACAGCGUUUCAGGCGCCCAAGGGAUGAUCUCCCAAAGGCAGGACAAGCUCCACGCCCCGCUGGAGGACCCCCUGCUGCAGCUCGCACUUAAGUUGUUAGGCUUCAGGUUUUGAUUAAUCUGAUAGUAUGGCGUGUUUUACAUGUGGUUUUGACAGUGUACUGUUUUCAUUUAGACUAUGGGACCUAUUACCAUGUUAUGGAAUUGAAUUUGAAUGGAAAACUGAGAUUUAAAAUUUCUGAUUGAA